AUGCUAGCAUUGGCCCUGACGGCAGAGUUGGAAGGUGUGACCGACUUGGUGCCUUCUGACAAACCCGAGUCGCCGUACUAUUACACAUUUAAGGUGCAAUGCACGUCCUGUCGUGAGAUCCAUCCGAACUGGGUUGGUGUCAGUCGUCAUGACACGAACGAACAAUCAGGGAGUCGGGGAGAAGCCAACUUUGUGUGGAAGUGCAAGAAUUGCAAGGGCGAUUGGGAGGCCACUGGGACGGAAUCCGGAACAAAGUUUACCGGGAUCGACUUGUCGGACGGAGAGUGGUUUGACUACGAUGAGAAGGCGGGGGAAGAGGUCAGCGUCAAAGACAUCAAGUGGGAGAUUCGCAGAGCGUGA